AUGAAGUAUAUGCGGAGCAACAGCUUAAAGAGGCUCUUUUCCUUCGGAAGACGCGGUUUUGGGGAAGAGAACGAUGUGGGAUUGGUGGUUCCUCCUUAUGUACAGAACCCUCCAAGACCCUCUUGGAAAUGCUUCUCUUAUGAAGAGUUAUUUGAUGCCACCAAUGGCUUUAGCUCAGGAAAUUUGAUUGGGAAAGGAGGAUAUGCAGAGGUUUACAAGGGAAGGUUGAAUGGUGGUGAAGAAAUUGCAGUGAAGAGGCUCACUAGAACUUCGAGGGAUGAGAGAAAGGAGAAGGAGUUUCUGACUGAGAUUGGAACAAUUGGUCACGCGCGUCACUCCAACGUGUUGCCUCUUCUAGGAUGUUGUAUUGACAAUGGACUUUACCUCGUUUUUGAGCUAUCCACUGUUGGUUCUGUUGCUUCCCUUAUUCAUGACGAGAAAGUUCCUCCUUUGGAUUGGAAAACAAGGUAUAAGAUAGCUAUUGGGACUGCACGUGGCCUUCACUACUUGCAUAAAGGUUGCAAGAGGAGGAUAAUCCACAGGGACAUCAAGGCCUCAAACAUUCUGUUGACGGCAGAUUUUGAGCCAAAGAUAUCUGAUUUUGGCCUAGCAAGGUGGCUUCCAUCUCAGUGGACUCAUCAUUCUAUAGCCCCAAUAGAAGGGACAUUUGGGCAUUUGGCACCUGAGUACUACAUGCAUGGAGUUGUGGAUGAGAAGACAGAUGUAUUUGCCUUUGGUGUUUUCUUGCUUGAAGUCAUUUCUGGGAGGAAACCGGUUGAUGGGUCUCACCAAAGCUUGCACAGCUUGGCUAAACAAAUAUUAAAUAAAGGUGAGAUAGAAAAGCUGGUAGAUCCAAAGCUUGGAGGGGCUUAUGAUGUGACACAGUUUAAUAGACUUGCCUUUGCUGCCUCGCUGUGCAUUCGAGCAUCUGCAACUUGGCGACCUACCAUGAGUGAGGUAUUGGAAGCAAUGGAGGGGAGGGAAAUGGAUAAAGAGAAGUGGGUAAUGCCAAAGGAAGAAGAGCAAGAAGAAGAAUUUUGGGAUUUUCAGGAUCUGGAAUACGCAUAUGACAGUUCCUUUUCAAUUUCUCUACCUGACUCCAUUGGAAGUACUUAG